GUCUGGUCUGGACAUGUUGUGAUGUGUGAGGAUGUUCAUUUAGCCAGAGUGUUCAUUUGAUAUGUGGCCAGGAUGAUGGAUGUUCUUUUAGCCAGAGCCAUAGACAUGAGUGUAUCUCCUGGGCGCAUCAUGGGAAAGUUUGAAGAUCAGAUUGCCCUCGGACGAAACCUGCAGACUGCCCUCGACCAAACCGAAACUUCCCGAUUUGACGCUCGAAUCGUUGGGAAUCAAAUAACACGACGACGAAGCAGGGACGCGGGUGGGUGUUCUAGGAUUGAUCGAUAGUGGAUGGGCGAGGAGCUAGGAUGGCAAGACUAGUGGAUCUGCCGGAGGAUGUGGUGGAGAUGGUGUUCAAGUAUUUGGUCAAGAUAGACGAUCGGCUGCUCGAAGGACUCGGCUCCCGGAGUCAGGUCGAGAGCUCAACGGCGGCACGGCUCCGACUGGUCUGUCGGAAAUGGGCGGAUUGGUUCUUCGUCCAUCAUCUCUUUCGGACACUCAACUUCAGCGACGGCGCCGGCUCGCUUGCAUUCAUCCGCAAGCUCACUCGGCCUGGAUCUAGUCCCUCCUCGGUUCCCCCUCGAAGGCCACGAUGCCAGCACAUGAUGGUCUACGAUAUUUGGACGCCGACCAACGGCCCGGAACCCUCGUAUGUAUCUCGGACGGAACAGCCUGCAAGAAACCCGCCCCGGGGAAUGAUGAACACCUUCGAGAGCUUGGAAACCCUGGUGUCCUUCUUCGCGGAUACGAUCGUCGAACUGGAUCUCGAAUUCAUUACCUGCUUCUGGCUCCCGAGGAGGACGAUUGAGCUGAUAGGACAAAUAGAGAAUCUACGGGUCCUCAGACUGGCCCUCAAAUCCGAAUGGCUCUCCGCAGGCCCGAUUCUGCCGGGCACGGGCGAGAAUACAUUAUUAUCGGACCGAUCAGGCCUUGACGAGUCUACGGGCAUCCUGGACUCGUUGAUCAGCGCCGCUCGGGGACUUGAGUCGCUAGAUCUCAGCCAGCUUCCGAUCCAGUAUAUUCCCAAGAGCUUCCCCACCCAACUUGCCACCCAUCCGACGAUUACGCAACUUGACAUCAAACUAACAGACGAACAGCCCCUGGAAAGCCUCAUCAGUCUCUCGAAGGCGCUCAAGCCGAGCCUCAGGGUGCUCUCGAUCCAGAGCUUUCGGGACGAUGGAUUCCGGCUGGUGCCGAUCUUCGAGACGCUCAGAGAGAAUCUCGAGGGCCUCUUCAUCAGCCACGAAAGCGCACUCACUCAUAUCCUUCACUUCGACUUCCCCAACUUGAGAGUCUUCAGAAUCCACUACUGGGACCAUUGUAUCGCCGACUUCCUCUCCCAAGACCUCUUCUCCCGGGCGCCCAUCCAACUCAUCGCUCUCUACUCCCACACCGUCUAUCGUCGUAAACGGCCCUUCCUCGUCGAUCCAUUCGCCCGUCUGAAUCGCUUGAAGAAAAUCGUCUUCCUUCACGCCCGUCUAGGCGAUUCUCCUCCCCUCAACUAUAUCAAUGCCUGUCGCGCUCAUCGUCUUCAACUCAUUUACCUCAACCAUGGCACCAUCUCCGAAAUCAUGAAAUUGUGCCCACCUUGACCCCCCUCUACUUCUCUCUCUAUUUUAUGUAUUGGACUUGUGUAGAUCAGCUUCUUCAAACGACUCUCAAUCAUUCUUCCAAUUCAACACGAUCUGCAUUCAUCUGUCCCUUUCAAUUCUAAUCCAACCAAAAACGCAAAAAGAAACCAGGUUUGUUAUAACCAAGACAUCAAGCAUAUACUCAUGAUUAAAUUGUACAUCUUAUUGACACGGAUACUUCAUGGUGUUUCUCGCCCCCCAUUAGAAAUCAUGAAAAACAAUCUUAGGGAAGGAGGGGAGGGGGGCUGUUUUGAUGUGUACAUGGAUAGUGGUUGCUGUAGUAUCUGCAAGCAAUAAAUGAUGAUAUAGCUGUCCAACUUUGUCUGUGUUUAUUUUUCUUGAUAGUUCAGAACUCAGGUUGCAGUCUGGAUCAGAUUAAAGGCUUGGGUUUUGAGAAAGCAACAACACUUGUUGAUCUGAG